CGCACGCGUAACAUCGCUGUAGAGAAUAGCCUAUAUUUUUCACCAUAUUCGCCGGCAACGACAAAUCCAGUAUUGAUCGGGCCUUCGCCGCGAAACGGCGUCUCGAAAAUGUGAUACGAAUUUUCCGCGUCGACCAUUGUUCGAUACAAUAAUACUCACCAGUCAAUCGAUGGUAAAUUAGUGAAAUCAUGGCGAUUUUGUUGUGCUCGUAUGGUGUCAAGGCUUAACGAUAUGUCGAAGAUACCCAUCGAUAGACAUGGCAAAUCAAGAUCGCUAAAUAUCCGCGGCAUCUAUUCGAAUGAACCUCUAAAAAUAAGAACAUGUCCCGAUGUUAAAAAUAGAGGAAUCCCUGAAAACACAAUAGAUGUAAAAGGAAAAGAAAAGUUAAUUAUAAACAAACCUUAUAUGUCGUUCAUUCCGAAAAUGAAUAUGAUGAACUCGGAAAAAGUAGUAGACAAAAAUCCCCGUAUUUUAGAUUUGAGGGAAAAAUUAAAUGAAAUUUCAAGAAAACAAGAUCAUAACGUUGAUAAAAUAACUAAAGGUUUACUAAACGAUAUAACGCAACAGCUAGAAGACAAAGAAGGGGAUGAGUCCGGGCCUUACAGUUUAUUAUUUGAUCUCCAAACAAAUCCUUCUACUUCUUCAAAGCCACUGACCAGGCCAGAGUCUUGGAAUCUAAAAUCAGUAGGAGACCUUCUUGAAGCAAAAUCUCAAAGUUUAAGUAGAAUAACUUGUUUGAGUAACAAAAGUGUAGAAAGAUUGCCGAAUGUUUUGAAUUUUGAUGAUAAACCUAUGAAAGAAUUUGAAUAUUCAUGCGAAAAAGAACUAAACUACUCUACUAAGAAACCGUUUAGUACUCAAUCAAGGUCUGAUCUCUGUUUACAACUGAAAUCUCAUGUGCCGUCUCGACUUUACGAAACGAAUUUAAGUCCGAACGACCAAUCUUUGAGCAAAAACAACGAAGAAAACUCUCUCGAUGAUAGCUUAGGUAUUCUUACGCCAGAUCAAAUGGAUGAUAUUUGUUACUUAGAAAACGCAUUUUCCCCGACGGUGGAAGGUUUGCCAAUUUUUUGCGACAGCAGUGAAUAUAAGGCUUCCCCAGAAAAUGGAGAUACUCCAUCAACUGAUAAAACUGAAAGCAACUCUGCUGCUUCCACAAUACAAAAUGAUGGUUUUGAUAAAAUUAGCAACAGGUGCAGUAAACUCAGAGAAUCUUUAGCACCUAUAGCUACAUUAGAUGUUAUUGACCCCAUUGGUGAAGAAAGUGAUUAUAAAACUUUUAGCUUUGCUAUUGAAGAAUCGCUGGGACAAGACGAAAAUUUCGUAAAAAAUGAUAUAGAUUUUGGUAAAGAAGAUUCUUUGAAUUUAGUUGAAGAUGAAUUUUUACCAUCAAUUCAUGGUAGUAUCUUAGAACCAGCAAGUUCCAUCGGUGAUACGACGGUUAAUUUAGAUAUACCCUUGGACUGCAAGCACGGUAAUCCUAUAGUAACGAACAGAAUAGAACAAACACCAUCACCUGAAGAUUUGCCACUCGACAGUUCUGAUAUUAAUGGAGAAAUUAGCACCUAUUCUCAAUUUUCUGCAUCAACAUUACAUGACUCACAGACAUACUCCGAUAGUAAAAACGAUAAAUCCAUGGAAACAUCAAAGGUGUCUAAUAGUUUUAUAACGAGUAUCACGAGCAUUACAAGUCUUGAUGGUUAUCAAGGAGAUGGUGAAAUGUCAAGACCUGUAAGUAGAAGUGCAGAUCAUAAUGUGGGACCCAGAGAAGAUGCCAUUGAAAUGGAUUGGCAGAAUGUGCCGGUAACCAGAAGAAUUGACCCUAUGACCGAUUCUGACUUCUUCACAGAAAGUGAUGCGGAUGGCUUAGAUGAACAUAUGCAAAGAGGCGACAGAAAAGCACAAGUAAUUGAUGGUGCCCUUUAUGGUGGUAAAAACGGGAAUGGAAACGCUCCUCUAAUUGUAAAUAGAAGCGAAGAUUCUUGCAUGGAGUCCAGUGGAGUAUAUACAGAUUUUGAAAACCACCGCUCAUCGCCUGUUUUCUUAAACGUUAUAAACGAUAUGUCUCCAACUUCUACGACAUCUACACAUUCAGAAUGCAGUCAGAAAAGUUCUGGCAAAAUCAAUCUCUGUUUCACUCCUUUGGAAGACACCCAAGAGGAACAAAACUCUGAUAUAUCGUCGCAUGUCAUUGACGAAGAUGAGACUCCGAAGAACACAAGUAAAAGAAAUUCUCUAAAUAGUGUAAAAGAUGCAAGAUGUGUAGAUAAAAAUAAGGAAGAGAAACGAAGCUUUACGUUGAAAAAAUAUAAAAUGCCUAAACGUGAUGUACCUAGCAAGCUCAAGACCAUGUUGGCAAACAGAAAGACUGAUGCAGAUAAUAGCGUACAAAGUAGUCCUAAAAUUGUGAAGAAAACAGAAAGGCGGGACAACUUUUUGAAAAAGAACUCUUUGGAUAUAAAAAUUGAUUAUAAAACAAAAUCAUUUAAAGAUAUUAAAUCAAAAGUGGAUUGCUCGUUCACGUUGCAGCGUUCGCAGACAUCGUGUAGCGUAACAAGAAUGCUGAGCUCAAAGUCAACGAAUACUAACAUGAAACCAAAAAGUCGCCAUAUGCGCAUGCGGAUGGACCUGGGCUCUGCCAACGGCAGUGGCAAAAGCAGUUUGCACAGUUCUCAAAGUGACAUCAGCGCUUCCAGCACUCCUCUUGGGAAACAUACAUCCAGUCGCUUCCCUUUACUCAGAAAUGGGAAGAAGCGGGAGAGCGCCCCGACGCCCACCACCCCCAGCCGCCCGCCCCCGGCGCCGCAACCCCCGCCCGCGACCGUCAAGAAAAAUGGCGUGGUCCAAAAGCUGUCAUCGUCACCAGUGGCAGUGCGUGCGCGCAACUCGCUCGCCCCGCCACCUUCUCCUAGAAAACCACCUCCUCUCAGAGUGCCAGCACAGAGACCCAACACCCUUGCUACCACUAAAGAGCCGCCCCGCGUGACGGCGGCGGUGGGGCCACGAGGCAAGCGGGUGCAGACGCCGCAGCCGGUCCGCUCGCCGCCCGCUCCGCUCGUCGCGCCCACGCCCGCUCAGCCGCGCGAGCAAUCAGCCGCGCUCGCUCACGCUGCCAAGGGCGUAGAGGCACUGGGCGUUUUAGUGCAGUAUUUAGUAUUCCGAUUGGAUGCGCUAAACAGCGGCUCAUGGCGGCAAGAGGCGGAGCGCUGGCGCGGCGUGGCGGCGGCCGAGCGCAGCAGCGCCGCGCGCGCCGACCGCGACCGACAGCAGCGCGCGCAGAAGGAUCUCGAUACCAUCGCAGAAUGCCUGAGCAAGAUCUCAGAGCUAGAGAUGGAGGUGUCGUCCAAGGAGGAAGCUAAUGCGCGACUGCAAGCCUCGCAUAUUGAGGAGGUCUCUUCGUUGGCUAGCGACGUGAAAGGGUUAAAGGAUACAAUCAUGAUCCUGAAGAAAGAAGUAGCGGAAAGCCGAGCGCGUCUACACGCACACAGUGAAAUCGAACGUACCUUGCGCGCGCAGCUCGAGGCGGCGCGGGCAGAGAUCGAGCGCGGCGCACAGUCGCACCACCAGUUGGUCAACGAGUCGCACGACCGGUCGCGCAGCGUGAGCGACGCGGCGUGCGACCCAGUCUACUGUGAAGUGGAGGAGUACGAGUUGCAAUUGAACACCAAGGAGGAAUUGAGCUCGGAUGCUAGCGAACUGGCUGCUGAGGUACGAUCGUUGCGAGCGGUAAUCGAGUUGAAGCAAGCCGAGAUGGUUUCGCUGCGAGACGCAAGAUCCGAGCUAGCGGUGGAACGAGAGAGACGGGUAGCGGCCGAGCGUGACGUGUGCUCGGCGCGACACGCGGCCGAGGAGUUACGUGAGCGAGCCGCGGCCAGACAGCGGGAAGCUGACCGCUUACGCGAGGAGAACAGACGGAUUAGAGAGGCUGCUGCCAGGGACCGAGAUCACGCCUCGCGACUGGUGGCACUCAACGAGGAGCUCAGAUACAAGCUCAGGCAGAAGUCUCAGGUGGUGUCACUGCUAGCCGGCGGUGGAUACAUUGAACGAACCCCCAUGCGUACGCGCACGUCUUCGGGCGACUCGGUGCGGUCCACAUCUCCUCCGCCAGACUCGCCCCCGUCCCCCGCAGCAUCCCCCGACCCCGACUCACCCCCGCUGCCCGCAGUGAAGGGGGUGGUCGAGAAACCCGACUCCGUCAGUUGGGUGCUUGAAAUCGAAGAAACGCCAGAAGAAAUGGCUACGAGGCUAGCACGGAGAUCAUCAUUCCGCGCAGCCGCAUCCCCUAGCGGGGUGAAACGGCGCGGCGGCGGCUCGCCAGGCAGCGGCUCCCCCGCCCCCGCCUCCCCCGCGCCCAACGCCUCCAAGCUCUUCAGGCCUGGAGACCUCGACUUCCCACCGCCCCCGCCUCCCCUCAAGGAAUCCGCAGGGGAGGCGAUAUACAUUUACGACGACCGUCAGUAUUGAAAUGAGUGCUUAUUUAUAAGAAUACCUAGUCUUGUGCGUGACGAUGACCACGCGUUGACCGCUUAAUUGGGACACAACAACCGAUACGAUAUUCUUGCCGGACUUUCUUUUUGCAUGGACAAGAGUGAUUUGUAGUUUUAAUGGCACUAUGGGACCCAACCGGAUCGAUUUUGUAUUUUUAGAGUUUGUCCAGAACAAGGUGUCGCGAUCAAGAUGCCAUCAUCUGAUAUACGAGAAAUGAGGUGAUCUAGCUUCAAGCGCGAGCGUUUGAAAGCGUAUUUUAUUAGUUUUAAAUAUGAAAGACAUAAGGAUUUUCUAGGAAUUGAAAACAAUGUAGUGCGAAUUAUUAUUUGUACCUUGUUCUAAUAUCAUUUUUAAUGGAUACAACAGAGUUUUAAACACAUAAUAUUCGUCUGCUAUGUAUUCAAUACGUGUCACUUGCAGCUUUUCUAGUAUCUUGAGACGCUGGCACAUAUCUACACGAGAAUGUAACGAAAUGUUUUCAAUGUGGAUGCUUCACAAACUAUCAUAUUCCCUGGAUAUGGUUUCGUAGUGGACAAACUCUGUACAGCCGCUCAGGCGCAAAUGUAUAAGCAAAGUGUUAAUUGAUUUUUAGGUUAUAAUUAUAAUAAUUCGCUCAGCCAUGGGCUUCUUUGAAUUCUCACUGUAUUGAAAGAUAGGUAAGCAUAAAUAUUUAUAAAACGGAUUUUACCUAUUAUUAUUUUAUGUAGUAUUUAAAAGUUUGUAAACUUUCUCAAAUAUCAUGAACAUAAUAUCAAUGGUGCGGAUAACUAAUAUCCUUUUAUAUUUAUUGUCCGUUCCACUGAUAUUAUGUUACAUCAAACGAUAAUUAUAGAUAAUUAUUAUAUUUAUAAUAGAUGUUAAAUGUUGAUUUAAUCUCGUAAGAUAUUUCCACUUCUGAUCACUUAGUAGAAACAUUAACUUUUAAGUGCAUGGAAAUGUGAAAUUGAAUCUAGACUCGUUUAUAAUUAUUAUUUGCUUUUCUCAAAAUCUGGCCUCAGACUAUAUUUUAUCAAAUUGGCUGCAUUUUGAUGAAGAACGUAUAUAUGUACCUGUGUGUAGCGCCAAUAGUUACGUUAACGUACUAUUUCUUAGAUCUUAUACUAGGACUUUAAUCUUAAUUAUUUAUUACCUUUUAUGUCGACCAUAUCGACAUUUUUGUACCGUCUUGCUUCCAGAUCUUGUUUUAUGUUGUCUUUUGUUUUAUCUGUUUUAUCUUACUUCUAUAUUUACUAUUGGUGCGCUAAAUGUUUCGUAAAAUUAAAAUAUGCAAUAUUUUAAAUUACUGUGGUUAUUAUAAUUGUCAGUUAUAGUGAGCGUCUCUUUAACAAUAAGUUUGUUUAUAUUGAUUGUUUUAAAGUAACUUAAUGAUUAUAAUAAAUUGUUUUAUUGUACCUUUAUUAUUAUUGUACAAAAUAACAAUGAGAAAAAAUUAAAGUAGUUUUAAGAGAAAUUAUGUCAGCGUUAGAACAAAACAAUUUGACGCUUUUUUAUAUUGAUGUCUGCUUUUAGGUACCCACGUUAUAUUCAGUUAUGUAUUGCCGUAACUAUAUUAAAUCUAUAAAUAGGUUUACUGUUUUAAUUUUUUAAAAACACUGUUCAAACCAAAGAGUCUCAUUCAUCUUAACUCUUUGUCAUGUUCCUUAACUAAUGUUUCAUUGUAAACCUGAUGUUUGCAUGCGCGGAAUUCAUUCAGGUGAUACUUAUUAUUUAUUUUUAAGCUAAAUAAUAUGAAUAAUACCAUUCCAAAUUAAGAAUUGUAAGCGAAAAUAAAUACAUGAUUAGAAGAAUAUCUAUUAAUACAAAAAAUAAAGUAUGUGAAAUAA